AUGUUUUUAUUAUUUGUUAUUACUUGUAUUACGUCAAACCUUGAUAAUAAAAAAACUCGCAAAGAAUUCAAAUUGACAUAUCUUAGUGAUGAAAAAUAUUCUUCUGACAGCUCAUUGCCUGUUAAAGAAAAAAAUUUUGGCUUAGAUUUAAAUGAUUCUACAGCAAAUAAGUCUAGUCAUGAAAAUUAUAAUUUUGUAAAUAGUAUCACCAACUCAAAAUUUUCAUUUGUCGAAAAAAACACAUUUAGAUUUACAUCUUCAAAUGUGAGCUCACAAAAAAAUAAAAACCGUCACGAUUACAUGACAUUAAAAAGUAACAAAAAUGAUUACGCGAAAGACGCAUAUUCCCAGAAAUCAAUAUUUACACAAAAUAAAUCCUAUUCAAAAUCCGAAAUGCCUGCUGCUAAUACCGAUAAAGAUGCUAGUAUUUCUACAUCUGAAACAUCUUCAUUAGCUGUGUCUCCAGCUUCUUCUAAUUCCGCAUCUGAUCAAUCAAACAUAGAAGACGAUUACUUUGAUGAUAGAUUUUCUACAUUAAUUAAUGAAAAUAAUUGUAUGACACAAGAGCGCAGUCAUAGCCUUAGCCCCAUAUCAUCCGAUCGAAGCAGUAAAUGUGGCUCGAUGGACAUUAAAUUUGAAAAUAAUAUUCAGAACAAAGAAGUGUUAAAGCCUAAUUUGAACGAAAGAUAUUUACGAACCGACAACUGGAUAUACGAUACCAAAAACAGGUAUAAAAAUGUGUAUUCAAAGAGAAAAAAGAGGCAAAAUAUUAAAUGUUUACAAAAAUCGCCAAGCAAUAGCUCUUCUGAUAAAACAAUAAAUACAUCAGAGUGUUCUAUUAAUUUACAACCAAUAAAUGAAAGCAUAAAAUUGGAUGGAGAAACAAAAGACCUUUGUCAAUGGGAACAUUUAGUGCCAACACAGAGUAUCGAACCCAUUAAAGAGAAAUGUUUUAGAGACAUCAAUAAGUUUAACGAAACCAAUGAAGAAGAAUGUUUUAGAGAUAUCAAUAAGUUUAACGAAAUCAAUGAAGAAGAAUGUUUUAAAGACAUUAAUAAGCUUAACGAACUUAAUAGAAAAGAUAAAGAUUCAAUCUGUAAAUUUUGCAAUAAAGAAUCAUAUCUUAAUCCAAAAUAUUACACUGAAAAUAAAAAUGAAAUUUGUAUAAAAGAUAAGUCAGAUUAUAAUUAUCGUUAUGCCUUGAAGUGCAAUAAUUUCUGUACAUUUUGUAAAAUGCAUGCUACAGAUAAAAACUCAGCCUACGGUUUAUGCACUCCAUGCGAGGUGUCUAAUAAUAAAUGGUUUAUUAAUGAUCUAGAUAUAUACAAAGAUAAUUUCAUAUUGGAUAAUAACAUUUGCAAUAAUAAAAUAUUACAGUGUCAGUGUAAAAUAUUUAGUCCAAGUUGUGUACAUAAAAAAUGUAAAAAAGAUCUUUUAAGAUAUAUUAUCUUAAAAAACAAUAGUUUUACUAACCACGACGCUUUAGACGUAAGCAGUAAUUUACAAUCAACUUUUAGUUAUGUUUUUUUCUUCAUGCUACCUUGUGAUACUAGAAAUAGUAUGUUAUGUUUUUAUAAUAACGUUAGACAGUUUAUAUCACCAGAUGAAUUUAAAAAUAAUAUCAUUGCUGUUUUAAAACAAAGUAAUGAAUUUCAAAAAGUGCUAAAUCAAAAUUCAAGAUUAAUUAAUUUAGCUUGUAAAUAUGUAAAUUUAAAACAAGGAGAAGGGGAUGUGCACAAAAUGUCGCACCAAAGCGAUUUAACAAGCAUUUUUGAUUUAGAAAUGUAG